ACAAUGGGCACAUUAGCAGGUCAUGUAGCACCAGGAUUUGGUUUCUUUGUUAUUGGUAUAUGGCAUUUGCUUAACCACAUAAAAUUACAUUGUCUCCACCCAAAAUCCUAUACUUCUUUGUUAUGGUUCCCAUCUCCAAGAAUAAGAUAUUUAGAGCUAUUUGUGAUUAUGUUUGGCACCAUACUCUCUAUAUUAAUGGAACUCUUUAUUAGUCCAUCAAAACAUCAACCUUUUGACAUUGAUGGAACUAUACCUUCAUAUCAUCUCCAUAACUUUGAACAUGCAACUAUUUCCCUUAAUUUCUUUGUCUAUGCAAUUUUUUCGAUUAUAUUCGAUAAAAUCAUGGUCCCUUCAACCCUAGUUCAAAAUGGACUUACAUUAUUACUUGCAACUCUUGCUUUUGGUCAAGAACUCCUUCUAUUCCAUCUUCAUUCUGCUGAUCAUAAGGGUGUUGAAGGACAAUACCAUUGGCUCCUCCAAAUUGUUAUUUUUUCGUCUUUCGCCACGACUCUUUUAGGUAUUCCUUUCCCUAAAAGUUUCUUGAAUAGUUUUGUGAGAUCUUAUACUAUUAUGUUUCAAGGAAUUUGGUUUAUGGUCAUGGGUAUCAUGCUUUGGACUCCAAAUUUUGUUCCAAAAGAUUGUUUUUUGACAUGGGAAGAAGGGCGUCAAGUGGUUGAAUGUCAUAAUAAGGAAGCACUUGAAAGAGCAAAAUCAUUAGCAAAUAUUCAAUUUAGUUGGUAUUUGGUUGGGACUACUAUUUUCACUCUCUCUCUUUACUUGGUUCUUGUCAAGUUUUUUAAAGAAAAUGUUGACUACUUCUCUUUAAUAACUGAAUUUGAGGAUAAGGAUUUGGAGGAUGUUGAAGUUCAGAAGAAAAGACUUGUCACCCAUGGUUAGCUAAAGUGGUUCUUGAAAUGGAAAAAAAUGUUGAAUAUUUAGAAAUAUUGGAAGGUACUCUUGU